AUGGCAAACAAGACAUCUCAGGCCAAGCUCAACUGCACUGAGCCCAAUUGUUCUGCCACCUUCACAACCAAAUCGAAUCUUACCAGGCAUAUCAAAGCAGUGCAUGGUCAAAAGUCUCGGAUGGCCUGCCAAAAAAGAUUAUCUAACCAACCGUGGAAUAUCAAACGACACGUGGAAAGCUGCGAUGAAUGCAAGAGACACACUCAUCGCGCUGCCUCUGAUGAUGGUCUCAAUGGCGAGGAUAACAAGAAUAACACCAAUGGCAACACCAACGACAAGAUGAACGACACUAUCGACGACAACACCAAUGGCAGCAUCGUUGCAGACAUAGACAUGGUGUGGUUUGAAGAGUCCUUACCCGGCUCGUACAUGGACCUAUCCGACUCUUUCCCUGCAGACUUCGACUUCAGCGCAUGCGCAUGCAUCUCCAUGCCGACCCCGGGCAACUCACAAGUUGGCGAGGUGGAACUAUUGGCCGGUUGCGACCAGAUGCUCGCAGAGAUCUUUUAG